AUGCCUGAUCUACUAGAAGAGGAGACCUACUGGUCACUCCUGAACUCAACCUUGAAGGAAAAUUAUCCUGGCUUUCUCAGUCAUCUUUCUGACCAAGAAGGCAGCUUUGCAGAAGAGGGGCAAUUAGCUGUGCUUGAAUUCAAAGAUGCUCAAGUCGCUACUGCCCCAGUCGUGAGAACGUUGGAGACAUCCAGAGCCCUCAAGCGCUAUCUGAAUCAACCGCCGAACGAUGUAAAGCAGCGGGCUUUUAUUCUGGAAGGACUCCCGCGUAAUUUCAUCCAAAUUCUAGGAGAGGAUCUCAAAGUUCCUCCUGAUUUCUUCGCGGCGCAUUGGUCUUGUCCCAUUGUCGGCAGUCUUUUGAACAGGACGCCACGACACUACGACGUGAAGAAUCGAUUUAUCUUGCGAUUCCCUCGCCUGCAUCGAGCGAGAAUCCAAGCACGGAUCGGUGAUGAGAAAAGUCCCUUCUAUUCGAUAGAGGCAGAUGGGAAUCGUCUUCUCUCCCGAAAGACGAUCUUUGGCGAUAUGAAUGGUCCACUAGAGAGCCCCGAGCAUCUGUCCUUCUGGAGCACCGAGGGCGCAACGCCUCGAAAUAGUGAAGUCACCCUAUUCUUUUAUGCGGUCUCAAUUUGUGGGCUGCCUAACAAGAUCUUGCAGUGA